UACAAACAUUCCCAUUUCUAUAGAGAAUGUAUUUUUCUCAUACAAGAUGUGAUCACCUCUCUGUGUUUUGCUGCACACUGUGCUCUCUAUGUGUUCUGUGUGAUCUCUUUUCUUCUAUAGGAGGGGCCAUCAAACCUGUGGUGACCUUCACACCCAUCUGGGGGAAUAUAUUAUUCUAUGACAAUGUGACUCUAACAUGUGAUGUGCCGUCUACUGAGGACCCCCGGACCUAUCACUGGUACAAAGAUAAGAGACCAAUACCAGGAGAGCAACAGAGACUUCAUAUCAUUGGAUCUUCAGUAGAGAAGGACAGAGGAGAUUACCAGUGUCAGACCAUCGGUGGUGAUAUCAGUGAUCCCGUCUUCCUAAAUGUUACAAUAAAUUUUGUCAUCCUGCAGAGACCCCCAUCUGCCAUCUAUGAAGGAGACCCCCUGACUCUGAGAUGUCAUCAUGUAAAAGAUUUUAUUGCAAUACACACAAAAUUCUACAAGGAUGAUCAGGAGAUAAAAUCAUCAGAAUCUGACUCCACAUUCCAUAUUCCUAAUAUAAGGAGGAGUCAGUCUGGACUCUACAAAUGUACUAAACGAAUAUACCGUUCUGGCAAUGAGUCGAUUGUGAAUGAGCACUCAGAUGUCUCCUUUAUCUCUGUGAAAGGUAAAUGA